GGGGGGUUAAUCUAUCCGGGUCUUCGGAUAGGAUCGUUGGUGGUGGGCGCAUCCUGGGACUCCGCCGCUCCAUUGGCUCCGAAACCCGUCUCGGUUGAUAUGAGAUUGUUUGUGGGGAUUGGGAAAUGACCGGCGAUGGCUGCCUUGGACGGGAUCAUUCUAUAAAGGUGGGAAGCUGGUCUGCGAGGGUUGUUUUCUUGUCACUUCUCUCACUCAAGACUGGUUUCUUGUCAUUCUUUUGCUUCGUCCAUUCGUUCUUGUCACUCUUUUUGCAAGUUCAUACAUUCGUUUCUUUUUCACUCCUUUCCAUUCUUUUUCAAUAUGAGAAUCACCAGCCUCAUCAUGGCCGCCAGCGCCGCUGGCCUGGUUAGCGCUUACCCUAAGCGUGACAUCAAGAAGCGCGACACCGGCUUCACCUGGUUCGGCGUCAGCGAAUCCGGAGCCGAGUUCGGCGAAUCCAACAUCCCCGGUACUCUGGGCACCGACUACACCUGGCCCGAGACCUCCAAGAUCCAGUCUCUGCGGAAGGAGGGCAUGAACAUCUUCCGUGUUCCCUUCCUCAUGGAGCGUUUGGUGCCGAGCAAGAUGACCGGCACGCCGGAUUCGACCUACCUGAAGGAUUUGAAGACGACCGUCUCAGCCAUCACCGAAAGCGGUGCCUAUGCGGUUCUCGACCCCCAUAACUAUGGAAGAUACUCCGGAAGUAUCAUUUCCUCCACCUCGGACUUCAAGGCUUUCUGGAAGACCGUUGCCGGAGAGUUCGCCUCCAACGACAAGGUGAUCUUUGAUACCAACAACGAGUUCCACGACAUGGACCAGGACCUCGUGCUGAACCUCAACCAAGCCGCCAUCAACGGCAUCCGUGCCGCUGGUGCCAAAACCCAGUACAUCUUCGUCGAGGGCAACUCGUACACCGGUGCCUGGAAGUGGGCCUCCACCAACGACAACCUCAAGGACCUGACCGACCCUCAGGACAAGAUCGUCUACGAGAUGCACCAGUACCUGGACUCGGAUGGAUCCGGUACCUCCGAGACCUGCUCCAGCUCUACCGUUGGUAAGGAGCGUCUGCAGACCGCCACCGAGUGGCUGCAGUCCAACAAGAAGAAGGGUUUCCUGGGUGAAUUCGCCGGUGGUGUCAACGCCGACUGCGAGUCCGCCGUCGAGGGCCUGUUGUCCUACAUGUCGGAGAACUCGGACGUCUGGACCGGUGCCGAAUGGUGGGCUGCUGGCCCCUGGUGGGGAACCUACAUGUACAGCCUGGAGCCUGAGAGUGGUCCCGCGUAUGACACCUAUCUGCCCAUCCUGAAGAAGUACUUUGUCGAUGGAACCUCUUCCUCGUCGGCCUCUGCCUCUGCCUCUGCUACCGCCUCUGCUACCGCCUCUGCUUCGUCCGGCUCCAGUGCCACCGCCAGCGUCAGCUCCGCUGCGUCGUCCGCUGCGUCGACUACGACCGCCGCCGCCGCCGCCACCACUACUGCCCCUGCCUCGUACUCGGCCCCGAACGCUCAGAACAAGGCCCCGGCUCCCACGGUCUCGGCUGCUCAGUCCUCCGCUGCCUCCGCUGUGCCUGUGAGCAGCGCUCCCUCCUCCUUCCAGACCCUCCCGGCUGCUUCCUCCGUGGCUCCUUGCAGCAGUGGCGCCGCUACUAGCAGCAGCGCGGCUCCCAGUGGCUCUGCCGGCGUGGUUGCCCACUACUACCAGUGCGGUGGUAUCAACUGGACCGGCGGUACCAAGUGCGAGAGCCCUUACAAUUGCGUCAAGCAGAACCCCUUCUACUACCAGUGUGUUUAAAUUUUGAACAACGGGAAAGAUUGGAGGUAACUCGUCUGGUGUCAGACCAAGUCCGGUAUUUUUGGCUUCUAUGUUAGGCAUCGAACCGGAUAGAACGGUGGUUGUAUAUAGUUCCCAGCUCUAGUAGAUUUGAUCGUGCCAUAUAAUCCAGCUCAUUCAUAAACAUCACUUCAUAUUGGUAUCACAGGCGUAAUUCCAAAUCAUAG